GCGUCUGGUUAAAAAUGUUCAAUAUCGAGCGAUCUACGAUAGAGUCUUUCGUCAAAACGAGGUUGCCUUCCUGUCACACUUUUGAGUAUGUCAUAAUAUUUCUGUUAUCAUGAAACAAAACCAGUGACGUUUAAGCAAAACCUAUCUCUUCGUGCAUAAAAGCGCUUAUUAUUAAAGACAGAUUAACACCAUUGUAAUUGCAUCACUGUUGAACAGACAAAUGCAAAUCACAACUCACAGCUCAAUGCAAGCAUUGAAUGAAACCACUUGAAAGAUGGGUUAUAAUUUCGGUUAAGAGCAUCGGACUCAUUGUCUUAAACCCACUGACAUAUUCACUAAGAGAAUCGUGAAACGGACGUUCCAGAGGGUACCACACGCGCUCUCUUUAAAUCCCGCUUCUUAUCUCUUCCCACUGUGUUCGGUAUUUGCAAUAAAAAGAGGCAUUACAAAGGAAAUGAUGGAGCGUUUUCUUUACCUCCUGUUAUGACGUCAUCUAGUUUGGUACGUUUCAAACUCAAUCAACUCAGUGGAAAGCGCAGAGUUUCUAAUUAGGAUUGAAAUAACAUUCUCCAGCGGAAAACUUCGACCUCACGGUGUGCGAUUGGAGGGUGAGAACUAAAACACAUCGCCUCUAGUCUGAGAUGGACGCCACCUCGACUGUCGCAGCAAUGGAGACUAGUAAUGGAACAAGUAUGAACACGACAGCCACACCAGGAGGAAUAGAGGUUUAUGAUCCUUUGUGGGUCAUCACAAUACGCUGGAUUAUUGGAGCCAUUAUUGUUUUAGUAGGGUCUAUCGGCAACGUAAUGGUUUGUGCGGUGGUGUACAAGAACCAAAGAAUGCAGACGGCUAUGAACUUGUUUUUAGUGAACUUGGCCGUGUGGGAUAUCCUGGUGUGCUUAUUCAACAUUCCGUUAACGCUAAUUUAUAAUCAAUUAAAGUCAUGGCCUUUUGGACUCUUCUGGUGUAAAACAAUGCCAACAUUGCAGGUUAUGAAUUUGAGUGCAUCCACUGGUUCUCUGGUGGCCAUUACAAUUGAACGCUACCGCGCAAUCUGCCUACCAUUCACACCACCCCUUUCAAAAUUUCAAGCCAAGCUUAUAAUAGCAAUCGUUUCAAUGUCUUCGUUUCUGGUUGCUUUGCCUGAAGUGGGAGCUUACAAACAAGCACCGCCAUUAGGAUGGUUGGAAAUGUUUCCUUCAAACGAUCUCAGAAAGGCAUACUCAUUAUUUCUCUUCCUCUUCUGCUAUUUUCUCCCGUUGUUAUUCAUUGCCCCAGCGUACACCAGGAUGAUUUUAAAACUGUGGCGAGACGAUCGUGACAAGAACUCGUCUUCAAGUGGAGUGACAGAGGAUCCCAAGAACCAUAAAAGAAAACGAAAUGUCUUAAGGAUGAUGGUCAUUGUUGUUUUGUGCUAUGCCAUUUGUAUGUUGCCCACGUAUGCCACCUUCUUAUGGCUUGACUUUGGAUUAUCAGGACCACCACCGAAUUACUAUUUCGCUUUACUCAGCCUUAUGCAGAUGAUUACGUUCAUCAAUAGCUGUGUCAACCCUAUCAUUUACUGGUGUCUCAGUGAUCAGUUCUCCAAAGGAUUCAGGAAACUAUUUUGUUGCAAAAAGAGACUCAACACGUGGAGUAGACAUACCCAACAAUCAUCUUCAUCGUCAUCGGAUCCUCACCACCAUCAUCAAACUAUACCAACGAAAGUAUGAUGUGAAACGACGUGACGCCAUCGUGAAUGUGAUGGUCCAACGCCUUCGUUGGACCAAGAUUGUAGAGCAAUGGAUGCGUCAACUUGGAAUACUCCUCAAUCAAUCAGAAAUGGAAACACAAGGGCCUGUCUGCAGACCAUACUCAUAAGCAUAAACUAUAGGCAUUUAUUGACGUGGCCAGACAUAGUGGACACUGAAGCCGUUUCAGUGACAAACAAAGUUUGACUGGGUGAACCAUCCUUACUUGAAAGACACCCGAAAAUGACUCCGUUAUGUAAUGUGGAUCGAUGGAGAGCACAUCGUUAAUAAGCAAAUGCUAGGACAGAUGAAUUCGAAUGGAUAAUAAAUCGUAGUGGGCUAACAUAAAUCGUAGUGGGCUAACAUAACCCAGGGAAGUGUUAUUGGUCCGUAAAUCAAACGAUGUGUAAGGUGUCUGUUAUGACCUAAUAUGGCACUAACAAAACUGCUCACAAGCUAACUUUCCAGAUACAACAUUGGCGCUUAAGAACACAACCUUACAAGGAAAGCAAAUUAAAAAUUAAAAAAAAAAAAAAAAAAAGGAAAAAAAGAUUAUAAUAACUGCUGGAAGUAUGAAAGAUUUACAGCACCGAUAACGGAGACAGAACUAGUCCGUGCGCACAGAACAAGUCCGUGCGCACAGAACAAGUUUGGUGAGAGUGGGUGGACAAAACAUCAUUUCAAUUGCUGUACUUUGCUAAUUCAAAGUUGCAAACAAUAUAUUCAUUAAACGGCUGAACUGAAGAAACAAGGCAGUAAUAAUGAUAAAAUACAAUGAUAUCAAAAGUAGAAAUCUGGAACGAUUUAAAUUUUGAAGGACACUUCUGAGAGGUUUGCAAAAUAGAAUGUUUCUUCAGAGCUUACUUUCCUCGUUCCGUCAAAAAAUUAGGAAAACGAUGUAGGAUCAACAAACUAGGUAGUAAGUAUAAAGACACGCCAGUGAAACUGAAUUUUUUUUCGUAAGCAUAUAACCAUUUGGCCUUUUUUCCAUAUUCUCUAUACACCCCCGAGUCUCUGGCCGAUGACACCCUCUAGUAAUUUAAGGUAGAUUUCCCUAGUUUGCGAAGAAAGUUUGCCGCUAGACUAAAAGGCCAGCUGCAUCUUUGUACAAAGCUGAAGUAUCAUUGCAAGAUAUUAAAAUAUUAAUGUACUCGUCGA